GCGACUCAGCCACGUUGACGACAACAAAAUCGCAGCAGUUUGACAUAUAUGAAUUUAAAAUAUUUGCCUUGCAUUCUUCCUAAAAAUGUUUCAACGGGUUACGAAUUGCGUUUUUUGGAACUGUCGUAGAAGUUAUACUCUAUCGUCCUCCUGGUCUCAGUUAUCAAGACGAAGACUACUGCAUUUACAACCUCUUUCAUCAGGAGUCAGUCAAUGCUCCACUUUACAUUCAAGAUACAGCAGUGGUUCGACUCUGCCAGUUGUUUUCUGGCAGUAUCGAAGAGAUGUCACUAAAUAUAAAGAAUUCUCCACCACGACACACGUCCACAACGAUGCCAUUGGAAAAGUUAAUUCAGGACAUUACCAUCUGAUUUACACAUGCAAGGUGUGCUCAACCAGGUCAACGAAGAGGAUAUCUAAGGUAGCCUAUCAUAGAGGUGUUGUUCUAGUCACCUGUCCGGGAUGUGAAAAUCAUCAUAUUAUUGCUGACAACUUGGGUUGGUUCUCUGACCUGGAGGGGAAGAGGAAUAUUGAGGAAAUCCUUGCAGCGAAAGGAGAAAAGGUGAAGAGAGUUGAGGGAGAGGCAGCCUUCGAGAUUGUUGCAGAAGAGUCUGGGAAGGAUUCAACACAAAAUGCUCAGGAUGCAGUAGCAAAGAAAUCUACACCAGAGUCUGAUGACUCAGGAAAAGCAUAACUGUGUGCAUGGACAUGUGCUUACAUUGAUUUAUCUGUAGACUGAGCACAGGAAGGACACUCUUUGAAUGACAAUUACAGUAGCUGUGACUAAAUAAAUGCUACUUUGCUUUAGAUAUUUAAAUCUCCAUAUUGUUUUUAUAACAUGUUUAUAAUCUCUUGUCAUACAGUGUUAUCACCACUGGCGUAGCCUAGUGACGCCAGACCAGGGUUGCAAGAUAUUCUUACAGGCCCUUCCUGCACACCUGAUAGUUGUGCCACUGAUCACCACCUGGUCACUAGGGUCCUAGGUGACACCAAUCCUACCACUACCGCACUGAUCACACUCAUACAGAAAAGACUGAGGCUUGCAAUUCUGUUUGGGAAAACCGAUGUAUGAAAUGGAGAGCAAGAGAAAUCAACAUCCAAAAUCCCAUAUGGGUUCUGCUUAUCCCCGAAGUUUUGGUUAAUUGUCCAGUGUGUCCUCCAGAAUCUCCCUGGAAGCAAUGCUAUCAGUCUACAUGGAGGCUGAACAUACUGUAUGCCUGUAAAAAGUGGCAUAAUCACCAAGGUCACAAAAUCAAAUUGUAAUUAUAAAACACAAUUAGCAGAUUAAGGACUUUUUGGCAUAGGUCAGGGGAAAAAACUCCUAAAUCCAUGUUAAUUUCAUGUUGUCUCACAAAUAAAAUUGGAAAAGUGUAUGGGGUGAAUACUUUUGAGAGUUCUUGCUUGGUCAGAUUCUACCUUAUUUCCCCUUCUUUGUGUCCGCAUUUCACCCCCAAAGCCCCUAUGACUAAUUUGAGUGGACACAUAUGCCUGAACUCUAGAUUUGCCCUUGUUUAAUUUGAACCCAAUGUACCUUGUAAAUCACAUUAUCAAUGAGUCACUACAGCCUGAUCUUAUAUGUCUUAAACAAUAUUCCUGCCUUCCUGACUCAGGUUUAAUGAAUUUCCCUCAAAAUGCAGCAUGUGUAUACUGGGGUACAUGUGAAAGAACUCAUGCAGUGGACCCAGAGCCAGAGUUCUGGGUUUUUCCUGAUUACCACCCCACCUGGAAAAAAAAUAUCGAUUUGAUACCUUACUGAUCAAAUGUGUACCUGGCUGCACGAGCAUCAACACGUACAUAUCAGUUUGUGUAGAAUGUCCUUGAAGUGUCAAUAUCUUGCGUUGACAUUACAGAUUUACAGUUACUUCUCUGUCAACACACUCUCUCCAGUCUCUGACAGUCUCCAAAAACCUUUAAUUUCUUUACAGCAACCUUUAUAUCUGUGUUUUUAAUGUCUCCGUUGUUACAUU